GGCCGGAAGUGACGCAACGGGGGAGCGCUGCGGGCUGGGCACCGGAAGUGGCGGUGGCCGCAUGGUGGCGGCGGCGGCGGCGGGGAGAUGGGGCGGCCCAGCAAGACCAAGAACCAGAAGAAGGAGCGGGCGGCGGCUCUGCAGCAGGCGCAGCAGGAUUUCGGCACCGUCCCCCACUCCUUCGUCUUCCACCGCGGCCGCGUGGGCAAGAACGUGCGCCAGCUGAUCCUGGACGUGCGCAGGGUGAUGGAGCCUUACACCGCCCGGGCCCUCAAGGUCCGGAAGAAAAACUCGAUGAAGGAUUUCGUGGCCGUGGCCGGGCCGCUGGGGGUGACGCAUUUUUUGGUCUUCAGCAAAUCGAGCUCCAGCAUCAACUUCAAGCUGUUUCGGCUGCCCGGGGGCCCGACGCUGACCUUCAAGGUGACGCAGUACUCGCUGAUCAAGGACGUGGUCUCGUCCCUCAAGCGGCACCGCAUGCACGAGCAGCAGUUCACCCAGCACCCGCUGCUGGUGCUCAGCAACUUCGGCCUCCAGCAGAUCCACGUCAAGCUGAUGGCCAGCAUGUUCCAGAACAUGUUUCCUUCCAUCAACGUCCACAAGGUCAACCUCAACAGCAUCAAGAGGUGUUUGCUCGUCAGCUACGACGCCGAGACGCAGCUCCUGGAUUUCCGACACUACAGCGUGAAGGUGGUGCCCGUGGGCGUGAGCAAGGGCCUGAAGAAGCUGCUGCAGGAGAAAUUCCCCAACAUGAGCCGCCUGGAGGACAUCAGCGAGCUGCUGGUGAAAGACAUAAACCUGUCGGAGAGCGAGGCCGAGCAGGACGGGACCCACAACAUCCUGGAGCUGCCGCAAGCCUACGCCGGCCGGGGGAACAUGAAGGCGCAGCAGAGCGCCGUGCGCCUCACCGAGAUCGGGCCCCGCAUGACGCUGCAGCUCGUGAAGGUGGAGGAGGGCUUGGCGCAGGGUGACGUGCUCUUCCACAGCUUCAUUCACAAAACGGAGGCGGAGGUGCAGGAGAUCCUGGCGCGGAAGGAGGCGAAGCUGCGGCUGAAGACGGAGCGGCGGCGGCAGCAGGAGGCGGCCGUGGAGCGCAAGCGGCAGCAGCGGGAGGCUCACCGGGAGAAGAGCCUGGCGGGGAUCCGGAGGAAACGGCAGCGGGACGGCGACAGCGACGCCGAGGACCCCGGGGCGCCGGAGCAGCAGGAUCCGGCCGGGCAGUCGGACGAGAGCGACGCCGAGUAUUACCGGCAGGAGGUGGGCGAGGAGCCCGACGAAGACCUCUUUCCCAACCGCACCAAGAAGCCGCGAGGCCCCUCGGGCUCCGCCGUGCCGCGGAAACGCCGGCGGCGCAGCCAGCAGGAGCAGCCCGGAGCCCCGAAACCUCGCCCGGCAGCACCGGGGAAGCCGCGAAAAAAGGGUCCGGUGCGGACGGACUCGAAGCCCCAGGGAGCAGCCGGGCGAAAAGCGGGACGAGGAAGCGAGCGGCCGGCCCGGGAGGGACGGGGCCACGGCCCCAAGAGGAGAGGGAAGCUGCUGACAAGGGGAAAAACGAUUUUCAGGCGGCCCGGGCACGUCAAGAAGGGGAAGCGCUCCCGGGGAGCGGGCGCAGGGCCGCGACGGGGUGAGCGGGCCGAGUUUCGGGGCUGCGGGGGGACGAGGCGCAGCCCCUCGACUCAAUCCUCGGGGUGCUCAGCGGGACAAGGGGACGCAUCCUGUCCCCGGAAGACCCCCCCGCCCCAGGGGGCUCGCCCAGCCUCCCCCGCUCUGCCUCCAACCGCCCCACACCGAGGCAGCGACCCUAAAACCGUCGCCCCCCUCGCCCUCCUCCGGGAGGGGGACGCCGGCAGCCCCCGCGGGAUGGCCAACGCCACCUCGGGCAGCCCCUGCUCCAACUUCAGCCGCUCGCAGGAGGUGCUGUGGCCGGUGCUGGCGGCUCAGUUCCCUCCGGCGCUGCUGGGCAACGCCUUCGCCGUCUUCCGCCUGGCCCGCGAGCGCCCGUGGCCGGUGCCCGUGGUUUAUUCCUUCCACUUGGCCCUCAGCGGCGCGCUCUACUCGCUCUCGCUGCCCGCCUUGGCGGCGUAUUACCGGCCCCCCAAACGCUGGAGCUACGGCGCGGCGCUCUGCAAGCUCGAGCGCUUCCUCUUCAACUGCAACCUCUACGGCGGCACCUUCUUCGUCGCCUGCAUCGCCCUCAACCGCUACCUGGGCAUCGUCUACCCGCUGCGGCUCCGCGGGCGGCUGAGCUCCCGGCACGCCCAGGCGCUGAGCGCGGCCGUCUGGGCGCUGGCCGCGGGGCUCUCGGCCCCCACCUUGUAUUUUUCGGAGCUGCAGGAGGACGACGGCGCGGCGGAGUGCUUGGGGAGCGCGUCGCGGGAGCGCCUGCCGCGCUUCCUCGCCUACAGCCUGCUGCUGGCGGCGCUGGGCUGCGCCCUGCCCUUCCUGCUCACCGCCUUCUGCUACGGCGCCGUGGCCCGCGUGGUUUUCCGCAACCCUCGCCUCGGCCCGCUGGAAAAACGCCGAGUCGGGGUGCUGGCGGGGGCCAGCGUGGCCCUCUACGCCUUCUCCUACCUGCCCUACCACGCCUUCCGCAACCUCAACCUGUGGCGCCGCUGCCGCCUGCGGCCGCCCCUGGAGGACUGCGGAGUCUCGCGCGCCGUCCACGCCGCCGCCCAGCUCGGCAAAAUCCUCGUCAACUUCAACGUCUGCCUGCACCCGCUGCUCUACGCCGCGCUGGCCGACAGCGUGCGCUGCUCCUGCUGCUGCUCCUGCUCCUGCUGCCGCGAGGAGCGGGGCGAGCGCCUGGAGCUGCGGCCCAGGAGCGCGGCGGGAGCACGAAACGGCGGCGGCGAGGCCCCAGAGCCCCAGGAUCGAAAUUCCCUGCCCGGAGAAGGCGGUGACGCGGGGGAUUAAAGGUUAAAUCGUUAAGCGUGGGCCUCACGGCGUG